AAAAAAAAAGCUUGAGUUUGUUACUCCACUCUCUAUCAAAAGGAGUUCUGCUUCUCUCUCUCUGCAACCGAAAUUACUCAGCUCCAUCAUCUUCAUCUUUUUCUUCAGUUUACAAAAUGGAGUGAGUGUUGAACUUGAAUACCAGUCAUGGUAUCUAAAUGCAUCAAGUAAGAAGAGUUUCUCAGAAAAAAGAACAUAAAGAAGUUACAAGAAAUUAAGUAAGGAGCUCAUUUCCAAUACGAGGGUUCAUUCUUCAAGGCUUAUGCUUGUAGAUAAUGUCUGCUUUAAUAUUUUGUAUAUGCAUGCAACAGUCAAAAGCUUAUGAUUUCUUUCUUUUUCAUUCCCCGCCCCCUUCUUUUUCUAAGUGAGCAGUGUUAUGAAAAGUAUUGAGUGUAAUUCUCAAGUUACGACUCCACCACUGCAUGGUGAUAGGGAGGAGGAAAGCCAGAGUAAUGUUACUCUAUUGGCUUCUUCGGCCUCCUCAGAAAGCAUAUGCCAGAAACAAUCGGAACUUAAAGAGCGAAACUACAUGGAGCUUUCUGAUUGUUCUUCAGUAGAUAGCUCUACCGUUUCCACAUCAAAUGACAAUAAUGGCUGUGGAUUAAAUCUAAAGGCAACAGAGCUCAGGCUCGGGCUCCCUGGGUCACGGUCUCCUGAGAGAAUUACCGAGCCUUGCCCUUUGGGCUCAUCAAAGCUUGACGAGAGGCUGCCUUAUCCCUUGCACCCAGCCAAAGAUCUAACUGGAAACAAACGAGUGUUUUCUGAUGCUAUGGAUGGAUUCCCAGAGGGAAAAUUUGUCCCCAGUUCAGGUGCGAAAGUAGGUUCUCGAAAGGAGACAUCAGAUGCUCAACCGCCUAAAAAAGAGGCAAUAACACAAAAUGCAGUUCAAGAGAGGCCUUGUGCUGUGAAUGAGAGUUCUUCAAACCGUGCUGCUACCAAGGCACAGGCUGUGGGUUGGCCACCAAUUCGAUCUUUUAGAAAGAAUAAGCUGGCUUCUACUUCUAAGAACAAUCACGAACUGGAUGGAAAAAGUGGAUCUACUGUCCUUUUCAUUAAGGUCAGCAUGGAUGGUGCUCCUUAUUUGAGGAAAGUGGACCUGAGAACCUAUUCUGCAUACCAGGAGCUCUCUUCUGCUCUCGAAAAUAUGUUCAGUUUUUCCCUUGGUCAAUUUGGAUCUCAUGAAGCUGUAGGGAAGGAGAUGUUAAAUGAGAGAAAAUUGAAGGAUUUGCUUCAUGGAUCUGAGUAUGUACUCUCUUAUGAGGAUAAGGAUGGGGACUGGAUGCUUGUUGGUGAUGUGCCUUGGGAGAUGUUCAUUGAUACCUGUAUGAGACUGAGAAUCAUGAAAAGUUCAGACGCUAUCGGUUUGGCCCCAAAGGCUAUGGGAAAGUGUCGGAGCAGGAAUCAGCCACCAUUUACCCAUGGUUAAUGCUGUCCAUCCAGCAAUAUUUGGUAAGAAAGAAAUGGGAAAAGGGUGAACAGCUCAAAAACUAGGAGCCCUUAUUAUAGCAUUUACAGUGACCAGGUGUUGGUCCUGGAAGUGCGUCUCCUGUAGAUACUUACCUCAUUGUUCUUUUGGUCAUUUUUCCAUAAUUUAUGUCCUCUAAGCUCUGUAUCAUAUAUGAUAGAAAGACUAUUUAUAUGGGAGUUCAACGGGAACGUAUCUGUGUAGAGCACUCAGUUCUCGUCUAAAGAGUACUAUUUUAGAGAGAGCACAUUGCUUAUUGAAAUUUUACCUGCGUACUUAAGACCAAGUUUUAGUUUGAUUCCGUGUGUGGAAUUAGCUGUAUUACUCUCUGAAUGAAUGUAUUUUUCACCUUUGGUGAAACCUAGUUGUCGAAAGCUCCAAUACAUCUUACCUUACUGUCACACGUAUGGUUUAGAUUACUUGAGAUCAAGGGGCUAAUUAGUUACUAGAAGUGAAAAGAGAAGGGAGAACAAGCAUUGCAGAUUGAAGCUCCAAGUCUAUACAAUGUCCCAGGAUAUUGAAUAAAGAAAAAGGGAAGAUAUUGCAACAUAUUAUUUGGUUUGUUGCAAAAGGCUGUAUUCCGGCCAACUCAAUUUUUGUAUUUCAGAUUAAAUAGUGUUGUCUACUGCCAUCCUUUUUGGAAUCUGCAAGUGAUUCUUAUUGUUAUUUCCUUAUCAGAAGAAUAAAAAUAAAGUAGAGAGGAGUUGCAUUGUUGAAAUGGUGUCCAGACUCCAGCGUAUAUGAGUAUGAUUAUUAUUGUUAUUAGGGAAAAAAUUUCCAACAAAAAUGGUAGCACUGACCUGAAGGGGUGUUUAUCUGAGCAAUUAGAGGUGAUCAUGCCAAGAUUUUCUAUGUCAUUGGCUAUGCUCUUGGAUUUCUACUGAGCUUAUUUCAAUGAAGCGUAGACAUUAGAGGAAAAGAAUCACAAUGUAAGUUCACAUUAUUGUUCCAGGCAGUUCCAAAAUUUAAAAGCUGUAAGUUCAAUCAUUCAGGUUAUUAGCAUUGAACCGAUUAUAUUCUAAAAUUUAUGACGAUAAACUUUACUAGUUGUUGCAAUUUUAGUGGAUUUUACAUAAAUUUGUACUCCACAAUAAAAAUACCGACUACAUCCGCGUCUUAUUAUCGUAGUUCGCAACAUUUUGCAGCACAAAACAUAGAUAUAAUCUUACUGUUACUAAAAAUUACUAUAUUAUAGAAAGAGCUUGUUUUGACAUGCUUGCUUCCAUGUGAAUAAAUUUAAGACUCUGGGCAUUUUGGACUUUGCAUGUUUUCUUAUAUGUGUCCAC